AUGGCCUAUGCUCUUCGUCUUUUCUUCUUGUUACUUGUAUUCUGGUUGAGUAUCUCAACUGUACGAACAAUAGAUCUAGUCGAUGGUGUAUGUGCAGAAACUAGUAAUCCUAGUUUUUGUAAGGCUACUUUGAGGUCUGAUAGUCGAUCUGCCACAGCAAAUCUUACCGGAUUUGGAGACGUCGCAAUUGAACUCACGGUCAGAAACUCCAUAGCUGCCCUUACCAAGAUCAACAGGCUAAAGGGGCAAACAAAAGAUGUUGAGCUCAAGAAGCGUCUCGAUGGAAAUUACAUAAUACUCCAGAUCAAUCAGUGUGAUAGGGUGUUCUUAAUCCCGCCGUCUUACCCAAGCCCAAUCACAUUCGAGAAUAAAAAAACUUCACUUCUUGGGGGUAUAAUUAGGACUAUUGCUCGUAUUCUUGUCGUCUAA